GUAUGAGACACCUGGGAAUCACUCUUCUGCAGAAACUCCAUUUGGCUAUAGAGACAGCUCAGUGUCCAGCAGGCUGGAUGGCCAUUGGUUGGAGCUGUUUCCGAGUGUGGCAGAGUGUACGUGUGUGGUCAGAGGCCCAGCAGGCAUGUGCAAGGGCAGCCCCAGGGGUCCAUCUUGCAGACCUGCAUACAGAGCAGGAGCUAGAGGCUGUCUCCGCCUAUCUUCUGUCCCAUAGCCACCUGCUACUGCUUUGGACUGGACUUAAUGACCAGCAGACGGAAGGUGUACUUCAGUGGUCAGAUGGCUCCCCUUAUAACUUGUCAGUUGCUGUGAUGUCAGCUCUUUCAGCCAAUCAGACAGACUGUUUCGCACUGCAGAAGAACUCGACUGGUCCAAGCUACUUUCUGACAGCUUUCUUUUGUAAUAUAGCCCUCCCAUACCUCUGUCAUGCAGAGUUAAACUCCAUCCUCACCUCUGGGCUGCAGUUGGUGGAUGUGUGGGAGACGACUGCGCGCCUCAGCUGGGAUGCUGACGCGGCGAAAAUGACCAAUGGCAUGCAGCUCUCCCUGCACUACCAGGAGCAUGACUCAGCAGAAUCCACAGCGAGCCGCUGGCUUCCGUACUCCUCCAUGCACACCCCGCUCCAGGCGCAGGACCGGGUCACGGUGCUCGGCCUGUCUCCUGGACACUCCUACCGCUUCGCUCUGAGGGCCACACACACCACAGGGGCCUGGCAAACACUUGGCCCUCUCCUCACUGUGCACACAUGCCCCAACCCUCCGCGGGACAUAACUGUACGAACAGUGUCAACCAAUCAGAUCUCGGUCAGCUGGACUCCCCCAGACUCCUCCCAGAAUGCUCGGUUCCAGCGGUAUGCCGUGCACUGGUGGGAGGUGGAGUCUGGGGAGGGGAGGGGCCUGUGGGUGGAUGGGGCAGAAACCAGUGCUGUGAUUGGUGGUCUCCUGGCCGAUCAUGAAUACAGGCUUGAUGUAUUAUCAGUCACGACACACGGGGGGGAGAGCUUGAGCAUGCUCACAGCAGGGGAGACCUAUGAAGUGGGUGUGGCCACAGUGAGAGGCGGGAACAAGAGUGAGGAGAAGAUUGUCCGACAGACACUCCAGCCGGAGGGAGUCCUCUUCGCCAUGCCGUUCUCGGCACACACACACUCUGUGGUGCUGUAUGUCCAGCUCCCCUCGACCAGUGUUUACGACGGCGUCUAUGUGAGCCACAGCCACAACAGCUCUUGGAUACCCGUCAGCAGGGACGACGAUAAGAUUGUCGUGGGUGACCUGAAUCCUGGCUCAGAGUACGACUUCACUGUGUUUGUGACCAGUGAAGAGAUGACCAGUGAUGGGCGUGUGUAUGAGGGCAGUGUGACUGACUCGUCCAUAGAGAUCCGCUGGGAUCCUGCAGAUGGACACACACAAAGAUAUGAAGCCAUGUGCUUGGACUGCACCGACACCGUUGUGGUGCAGAAGGUUCUGGAGGAAAGAGCAGUGUUUGGGGGCUUCGUCCCUGGGCGAGUGUUUAACUUCUCUGUGCGCUCUGAGAAGGAGGCCUACAGAGACAGUCCAGCUGUCUACCUCACAGUCAGAGCAGUUCCACGGCCUCCAGAGGAAGUGGUUUUCAUUGAACAGGAAGUCAACUCCAUGUAUGUCAGGUGGACACACUCACAGGGAAGGGCCGACAGCUUCUUGAUACAGUAUGCACUGAGAUCUGAUCCAAAGACCGCUCGUAAUGCACGUAUUCAUGGGAACAGCAUCAGUUUGAGGGACCUAUUGCCAGGAACUGAUUAUGACCUCAGCAUCAGGACCAUCCUUGGAGAGGACAUGAGUGACACAUUCUCAACACACUUCAGUACACGUCCAGCUGGAGUGUGCUCCCUCUCAGUCUCACCAGUCAACCAUACAUCAGUGAAGUUGUCUUGGCAACCGACGACAGGCCAGUUUGACUUCCUCAGAGUGGCCAUAAGCAACCGCUCAGCCUUCUGGGAGCUGCGAGUUGGUCAUGGAGGUCAAGAGGUCACUGUAGGGGGGCUGAGGGAGGGCUGCCCCUACAACGCCACUGUGGAGCGGGUCAGGGGAGACCUCGCAGGGAUCCCCACCAGACUGUACAUACACACAGAGCCAGCCAGUCCUCAGGGUGUGUAUGUGAGCAGUGUGUCGGAGCACAGCUUUUCUCUACACUGGGACCAGGCAGAGGGCUGUGUGGAGGAAUAUCUGCUGAUACUCUCACCUGACCACGGCACCAUGAACAUUACACACACACAGGCAGACGUUGGUGGUCUGACUCCAGGGACCUCUUACUCGGUGACUCUGAAUGCGGUGUCCCCCUCCGCUAAUAGUGCGCCAGUCAGCCGCAUUAUCACCACCAACGCCUCUGUUCCAGCUGCUCCAUCUGAUCUUGAGGGGGAAAGGGUAGGGUCUGAUGGAAUCCUCCUAUCAUGGAAGACCCCACGCGACGACUCCAUCCAAUUAUUUGUCCUCCAGUACAAGCAGGUGUGUCCUCAUCCUGACUCCGCCUUCACAGAGAUCACCAGGAGUUUGGACAUUCCAGAAUACCUGCUGAACGAGCUCAUACCCGGAGCUACCUAUAAUAUCAAGGUGGGCUCUGAGAAUCGCGAUGGGAUCAGAUCCUUCAGUAAAUCCCUCUUCAUCAAGACCUCUGAGGCUGCCCCUGGUCUGGUGACAAACCUGACUGCGGUGCCAACCAACCACUCCUUUGUGAAGGUGACGUGGUACCUGCCCAAGCGUAUCAAUGGCCUGAUCACUAAGUUUGCAGUGAAGGCCAAACACGCCCGCACUGGACAGACCGUGGAGACACUAGAGGUCAACGCAGAGGACAUUAUGUCUGGUGCCCUGCCUCAUUGCAAUGACGCAGCGGACAUCUUGUCUCGUGGGACGCCCAGUCCAGAGGAGUCUCUGUUGACCUCGGCAUCGUCUCCACCAGUCACGCUCUCAGCCGUCCCACCUGCCUCCAGCUGGAGUGUGCCAAUCAGUGUGGGCAUGGCAAGGCUCCGCCCAUACACCGCCUACGUGUUUGAAGUCUCCGCCUUCACUAGUGAUGAGGGCCAGAUCGCCAGCACUAUGGCCCGCACGCCUGAGUCAGCUCCAGAGGACCCCCCUGAGAAUCUGAUGGUGGGGAACGUCACGUCUCAGUCCAUCUCUCUGUCCUGGGAAGCUCCCACCAUCAUCACAGGACGCUUCAGCUACGUCUUAGAGCUCUACGGACCCACAGGUUUCAUCUUUGAGAACAGCACCGUUGAUCUGAAGUUUGUUUACUCUGGCCUGACUCCGUACACAAACUACCGCAUCAGUGUGAGAGCCAAGUCUGCUGGAGCAGUGGGACCCGAUGCAAUGGAAUUCGUACUCACCGCAGCUGAGGCUCCCAGUGCUGUGUCCCAACUGAGUGCUGAGGCUGUGGACUCUACAUCUGUGCGUUUGUCCUGGAGAUUGCCUACUCAACCAAACGGACCAAUCACACGCUACCGCAUACGUGUGCUCUACAACGACCUCACAGUACAGGACAUUACACUGCAUGGUCUACAGGAAAGCAACAGGACUGACGAUGCCGAGGGUAUGUUGCCACGGCGUAUGUUGCCACGGCGUCGCCAUGGGCGAUCAGUUGACUUCACCACAGCAACUCCUGUGUUUCCGUCUGCGUCCGCGCUGUCCGCCGCCCCCCCCACACACCUCCACACCGCUGCCUUGGGUCUGGCCAGUGCCAUUGGUCAGACCUCCAGUGGCCAGUUCUCAGGUGCUCCACCAGAGGUCACUGUGACUGACCCCAACACUCAGACCGACACUAACCCCAUCUUCACGUCUGACCUGUCAUUCUCCUCCGCUGCCCCACCUUCUCCCCUCCCCCGGCUCACUGUAACCCCUGACACCACCAUUGACAGCUCGGAGCAGAAUGACACUGACCCGUUAACCAUGACAGCGCCCUCCGACCUCUCACCCUUAACCUCAGGCACUGACGAGCAGCACUCCAUCACAAGCUUUACUGCUUCAGGCCACACCCUUCAGACCCGGGCUGCCACGCGAGCUGCAGUCACUGGGGGAAUCGAAGUACUGCCAGCCAGUGAGGAGGUGAUAGACCUUUCUGAUGAGAUGCUGUACGUGGUUGGGAGUCUGAGGCCGUUCACGGAGUAUUCCUUCAGAGUGUCUGCAUAUACAACGGUGGGAGAGGGGCCUGAUACACACGUUACAGAGACUACCAGAGAACAGGUGCCCAGUUCAGUGCAGGCUGUGACCUAUGAGAACAUCAGCUCCACGUCCAUCAUGGUGAUGUGGGAACCACCACUCCACCCCAACGGCCAGAUCACGCAAUACACCAUCUACAGCCUCAACCUCAACACACAGCAGACGCGCACACACACCACCAGCAACACCAGCAUCCUCAUUACAGGCCUGGAGAAGUACAGUCGCUAUAAGCUACGAGUGGCAGCUUCUACUAUGGUGGGAGAGAGUCCUCUGUCUGAAGAGGAUGACAUCUAUGUAAUAACACCUGAGGAUGAGCCUGACUCACCUCCCCGUGACCUGACGCUGGUGGAGACAACCGCAUCUACGGCAACUGUCUCCUGGCAAGUGCCGGAGAAGCCCAAUGGCAUCAUCCGAGUGUAUGAGGUCUCCUUUGGCAACGCAUCCUACACACACAUACUCAACACCACUGCCCUGAGCGUCACUGUGCGGCACCUGAGGCCUUACACACACUACAACAUCACAGUGCGCGCCUACACACUCCAUGGACACGGCGACCAGGUGUCAGAAACCCUGCACAUCCUGUCAGGCGAGGAUGUGCCUGGUAGCCCAGCGUACGGGCUGUCCUACGAGAGCCUGAGCCCCAGUGAGGUGAACGUGUCCUGGGCUCCCCCUCUGCAGCCCAACGGCCUCAUCCUGCUCUACCACGUGGAGCUGUGGAACUCCACACACAUGCUCAACCUCAGCACCCCCGCCCCACACCUGCUCCUGACCAACCUCCGCAAGUACGCACGCUACCGCCUCAGUGUGCAGGCCGCCACACGCCUGGGCACGGGCAACUACAGCAGCGAGAUCCUCAACAUCACCACUCUGGAAGACGUCCCCAGCUCUCCCCCCCAGUUCCUGCUGGCCAGGAAGGUGUCCGACUAUGAGGUGCUGCUCACCUGGACUCCCCCGCUGGAGGCCAACUCAGAGGUCCUCUACUACAUCAUACGGGUGUGGAACCUGAGUUCUGAGUUUGUGCAGAAUGUGACGGAGACGUCAGUGCUGGUGAGGGUGGACUCGGAUGGAGAGUACAACGCCUCAGUGUCCAGCUGGACCAGACUGGGGGACGGAGGCAUACUCAUACACAUCACCUUCACCACAUCUGUUGCAGUGCCCUCUGAUCCUCCACAGAAUGUCAGCGUCAGUGAUGUCACACACACUUCCUUCAACCUGAGCUGGUUCCCGCCAGCUCAGCCUAAUGGCAUAUUACAGCACUAUACAGUGUACUACAGCAGCAACAACAACACCCUGUCACAGCGUGUCCCCGUGUGGGUGUCAUGGUGGGUGGUGUCGGGUGUGUCUGCGGGUGUGAGCUACAGCGUGUGGCUCACCUCCAGCACGGCAGCAGGGGACGAGGGUGUGGCCAGCCCGCCAAUCAACGUCACCACGCUGGAGGAUGUACCGAGUGGUCCAAUCCACAACCUGUCGGCUCAGAUCUUCAGCUCGACGGCCAUCAUAGUGAGCUGGGACCCACCCCUGGAGCCCAACGGGCGGGUCUUCUACCAGCUGACCCUGCAGGAGGCCGGCACCACCCACCCGUCAAUCAACCGCACUGCCAACCGCACCAUCACCAAGACCACCACCGACACCGUCUACCUGUUCACCAAGCUGCGCAAGUACUUCCCUUACGUCUUCAGGGUUACCCCGGCAACCAGAGCUGGAGCCGCCCUCAACCAUACCAGCAUGUUACACGUCAGGACAGAUGAAGAUGUUCCCAGUUCCCCUCCUCUCCCAGCUACCAGUAGAAAUCUGUCUUCCUCCUCCAUCUUGGUGCGUUGGUUGGCCCCAGCUGACCCCAAUGGCGAGAUCAUCGAGUAUGUGGUCGUUUUACAGGGCGUGGGGAUCUACAACACCACCUACACCCCCUACACACACCUGGCUCUCACACACCUCACGCCGUACACACCCUACAACCUGUCUGUCGCCGCAAUCAACCGCAAGGGCAUGGGCCCCUCCCUCAUGCUGGACCUACACACAGACGAAGCAGGUCCGAUGUCCCCUCCUCGCUCGCUUGAGAUAUUUAACCACACGUCGGACUCUGUGUGGCUGCGCUGGGAACCCAGUCUGGAGCCUAAUGGUCAGGUGCAGCAUUAUGGCUUCAGGAUACUCGACCUCAACACAGACACGCUCACCUUCCAGAAUUCCACAGGUCCAUCUACGCAGGCUGAGUUGUCAGGGUUUAGGCCCCACAGGAUGUACAAGAUCAGUGUGUGUACAUACACCAGGGCAGGCAAUGGAGACCAGUACAGCCUCCCUGUGAUAUUCACUACAAAUGAGUCAGUGGCGGACGCUGUGGGGAACCUCUCUUGUGCUGGGUUGAGCUGGGACUCAGUGCUGUUGGAGUGGGAGCCUCCUGCCAAUCCCAAUGGAGAAAUCCUCUAUUACCUCAUCCAAUCAGAUGACACGGAGGUGAUGGUGGACUCCGCCUCUCAGACACACAUGGUCACACACACUCUAAGUGGGCUGUGGCCUGAUGCCCUCUACACCAUCACUGUGAGUGCGGUCAACUCUGCAGGGCCUGGAGAGAUGAGCAACUGCACUACCUAUACACACCAAGAGACAGCCCCUGGUCCUCCAGACGCCCUGCGUGUGGUGGACGUGCAGCCCAGCUCAGUGACCCUCUGGUGGGCCGCUCCGGCUGCACUGUCUGGGCGUCUGCAAGGCUACCGGCUGGAGGUGGAGCUAUUGCUCCAGGGCUGUGUGGAGGACCAGGGGGGUCAGCCCCAGGACCAGCCCCAGCCGGGGGCCUCGUGCCUGGACACAGAGGUGCUGGUGUGGACCAACGGCACUGGGGGCAACGAGACGCUAACGCUGCACUCGCUGCGGAAGUACAGGCCGUACCGCUUCAGGGUCGCGGCGUACACCAGCGCAGGGAUGGGAGAGCCCACGGAGUGGGUGCACACACACACCGAGGCUGGAGACCCUGAGGCCCCUCCCCGCUCUGUUGCCGUGGUUCCUUCCUCUUCUGCUCUGAGGAUCCAAUGGGAGCCUCCGGCUGUCAUCACAGGCCCCACCUCCUACCUCAUCCAUGUCAGCUCUAUGGAUGGCACAGAGUUAAACCGGACUGUGGUGAGGCGGCCAGAGGAGGUACUGACGGUUGUCGUUGGCAACCUGACUGCGUUCACCCUGUACUCGGUUACUGUUUUGGCGUUCACAGGAGAUGAGACUGAGGCAGGAGAGAAUGGACAAGCCUCCGAACCUGUGCUGAUCAGAACUCUAGAGGAGGAACCCAAAGACCCUCCUAAGAACCUUACUCUGAUGGUUCUUCCUGAGGAGGUGACGCGUGUGAUGGUGACAUUCUCUCCGCCGGAGGAACCCAAUGGCAACAUCAGUGCGUAUCGUGUCAGUGUGUUCCGGAACGGCCAGCUGGAGUUCCACAUCGAUCAGCUGAACGUGAUCACACACCCCAACCACUCGCUGAGUGCAGUCAUAGACGGACUCAAGGGGGGACACCACUACAGUAUACGGAUUGCUGCUGUGAAUGGAGCUGGAUUGGGACCCAGUUCAGAUGUUGAGCUUGUAACUGGAAUAAAAGCUCCACCCAAGCCUACCCAUAGACCCCAGCCGGCCCUGGACAGGGGAGGUGUCGUCAUGUCAACCGCCAGAAGGAUCUUUAUCCAGAUGCCUGCUUGUUUUUUUAGUGAUGACCAUGGCCCGAUACACAAAGUACAGGUCAUUGUGUCUGAACCGGCAGUGAUGGACUAUAAGAACCUGAGCAGCUGGAGAACAGUGUUCCUGCACCAGCCUGCCCCGUACGUGACGGACGAUGGGUUUCCCAACCCUGCCUGCACAGAUGACGAUGACCGCCUGGCCCCCAACCCCAACGCUCACACACUCACACAGACCUACAUCAUCGGAGACGACGACGGAUGCCUCAGUGAGGAUGCCGACACACUCUGCAACGGACCCCUCAAACCCAAAACAUAUUACGUGUUUAAAUUCCGUGCCACCAACAGCCAAGGCCAGUACACAGACUCGGAGUACUCAGAGCGAGUGCGCACUGCAGAUGAUAACGUGUUGACUCGUGAUGAGCAGAUCAUCCUGGGUGUGCUGUUGUCCUUCUUCCUGGCCUUGUUCCUCAUCCUCCUCAUCUACGCCUCAGUGCGCAUCCACCAAAGGAAGUUGGAGGGCGGGACUUACUCCCCUCGGGAGGCAGAGAUUGUCGACACCAAGUUCAAGCUGGACCAGCUCAUCGCUGUGGCUGACCUGGAACUCAAGGAGGAAAAGAUAAACCGGUAUUCGUCCUUCUUCUUCAGACGGAAGGAGAUAUUUGUCAUCCAGCUUCUCAGUUAUAGAAAGUCUCUCAAGCCGGUCACCAAGAACGGCUUCCUUCAGCACGUGGAGGACUUGUGUGCCAACGACAAUGCCAAGUUCCAGGAGGAGUUCUCAGAGCUUCCCAAGCUGUUGCCAGACUUGGCAACAUCAGAUGCCGAUCUGCCCUGGAACCGUUCUAAGAACCGCUUCACCAAUAUCAAGCCCUACAAUAACAACAGAGUGAAGCUGCUGUCUGAGCCGGGCAUUCCUGGAUCUGACUACAUCAACGCCAGCUUCAUCUCGGGGUACCUAUGUCCCAAUGAGUUCAUAGCGACUCAGGGUCCUCUGCCGGGCACUGUGGCAGACUUCUGGAGGAUGAUCUGGGAGACGAGGACUAAGACCAUCGCCAUGCUCACACAGUGCUUUGAGAAGGGACGGAUUCGUUGUCAUCAGUACUGGCCGGAGGAUGAUAAGCCAGUAACAGUGUUUGGGGACAUUGUCAUCACCAAACUCACAGAAGACGUGUACCCGGACUGGACUGUCAGAGCACUGAGAGUGGAGAGGCAUGGAGACUACAUGGUAGUGCAUCACUUUAACUACACCUCAUGGCCAGAGCACGGCGUACCAGAGUCCAGCACCACGCUCAUCCAGUUCGCCAAGUCCAUCCGCUCCAACCGUGGCCAUGACAACACCACCAUCGUUGUGCACUGCAGUGCUGGCGUGGGAAGAACUGGUGUGUUUAUAGCUCUCGAUCACCUGAUCCAGCAUGCGAGGGACCAUGACUUUGUGGAUAUCUACGGCCUGGUGGCCGAGUUGCGCAGUGAGAGGAUGUGCAUGGUGCAGAACCUGGCCCAGUACAUGUUUCUCCACCAGAGCACUUUGGAUCUGCUGUCCAGCAAAAGCAACAGUCAGUCCAUCUGGUUUGUCAACUAUUCCGCUCUGGAAAAGAUGGACUCGCUGGAUGCCAUGGAAGGUGAUGUUGAGCUGGAGUGGGAGGAGACGACUAUGUGAUUGGCAGAUUGGUGAAGAACUGCUUCUGAAGGGCUAUCUUAAAGCUGCAUUUGGCAAGAUAUGUUUGAUCAUAUUCACUGAAACCAACACUAUGCUAAGACAGAACAACAUAAAUCAGCCGGUUUUAGAAAAAAACCUGCACUUCUACCUCC